CAACGAACUUCCCCCGCCCCGGCUACGGCCCCGGCUCGCACCAUGAGGCUCUUUCUCAUUCGACAUGGCGAGACAGUCGACAACAUUGCCCAGGUCUACGCAGGGAGCAGAGACUCCGAGCUCACAAAUCAUGGCUACCAGCAGGCCGCUCGCCUCGGCGUUCACUUCAACGCCCUUGGGCUUGCCUUCACGCACAUCUUCUCGUCGCAUCUGCAGCGAGCCUCCAAGACAGCGGGCCUGAUACGAGACGCUCAGAUUACACAGUCGGCGGACCAGAGCGGUGCGGGCGCGGUGCCCGACGUGGUACAACUGCCAGCGCUGAUGGAGCAGGACUUUGGCUUCUACGAGGGUAAGAAGUGGGACGAGAGGCCAGCUGACGCCAGAGUCACCGGCAAGCACCGCCAUAACCACGACCACGGAAGUACGUCGGGCUUCGUGGAAAUGGAGUCUUUUAGCUCAAUGGUACAACGCAUCGACGCGUUCAUCGACACACAUCUCCUGCCGUUAUUUAGUGGUCCCACGGCAUCCACCAGCGAUGCCGUCGCUAUUGUCUCCCACGGCAUCAUCCUCUCGGUCCUAUGGAAGCGACUCCUUCUGCGACUCCCGCCGAAAAGCGUGGCAUUCUCACCCGAGCUAUCAGCCAACAUCCGUGACUACUCAUUGGAGCGCCUCGGGGGUUGGUCCAACACCGGCUAUCUUGAGCUACUCAUGGAGAAGGCGACACUGCUGGAGCCCUUUUCAGCUGAAGACUCGACCCUUCCGUUGCCUCCAGCCUCCGCACUGCAGCCGUCCAAGGUCAAGCUUGAUAGCGCGAAGGGAGAAAUUGCCCGUCCAGAUAUACGGCAGGGCGCUCCCGAUAGAAUCACUAAACAUAGAGUGUUGGACGCUCAAUCGGCGUUGAUCAAGCUCCCUGGGGAAUGGAGAACGACCAUCCAGACCAUCAAUGGUAGAGACCAUCUCAAAGGCCUAAAACGCGCUGGUGGCGGUCUUGGGAGCGCUCGACAUGACGCUUCCCAAAGGAACAUCGAAACCUUUUUCAAGCGGAGAAAGCGCGAUUGAAUUCGACCGGUCGCUCAUGUUGCGUGCAGCAAGCCCACCGGACUUGAUGCGAUUUGAUCCGGCCCCUCGGAAUCCAUGUUCCU